CUCCGCAGGCGGCGUCUGCUCCUGUCGCUGCUUCUAUUAUUACGCAGCGCCCUGCCCGGCCUCUCCCUCGGUUCCAUAGAGGUUGCCAUAGAGCCCUUGGCUAGCACUGGCCUCCUUCCUUCCUCCUGGCCCGGCUGCCCCGCCCCGCCGGAGACAGCCAUGCCCCGGGCCCAGCCGCCUGGACGAAGGCGCCGCCGGAGCGGGUGAGCGGAGGCUUGGAAAGAAUCCAUCUCUAUGGGAAUACCCUUUCUUGAUUUGACUGAGGAUGUCUUUGGCUGACAAGAGACUUGAGAACCUCCAGAUCUAUAAAGUUCUCCAAUGUGUUCGUCAAAAGGAUACGAAACAGAUAGAGAAGCUCACGAAACUGGGAUAUCCUGAGCUCAUUAAUUUCACUGAGCCCAUCAAUGGAGACAGUGCCCUUCACUUGGCCUGUGUUGCGAACGACAUUGACAUGUGUAACUUCCUCUUAGAGCUUGGAGCACACCCUGAUGUCCAGGAUAGAAUGGGUCGCACACCAGUGAUGAAAGCUGCCGAGCUUGGCCAUGACUUGGCCUUGGAAGUAUUAGUCCAAGCAGAGGCAGACAUGACAAUAGUCGAUGCAGAAGGAAAAGGUGUGUUGUUCUAUUGCAUUCUGCCUACCAAACGACACAAUCGUUGUGCUCAGAUGGCCUUAGAAUUUGGAGCAGAUGUUAACAACUGUACUACUGAGGGGAAGCCUGUUUUUGUACAAGCCUGUGAGCAAGCACACGAAAUCAAAGAGAUGUGUAUGCAAUUUUUGGAAAGAGGAGCAAACCCAAACUCGACAAAUACAGCAACAGGCCGGACUGCCCUGAUGGAGGCCUCAAGAGAAGGAGUUUUGGAGAUUGUCCGUGGUAUCCUGGAACGAGGUGGAGAAGUUAAUGUUUUUGAUCAUGAAAGACACCAUGCUGCCCAUUUUGCUGCCAAAGGAGGGUUCUUUGAGAUCCUGAAGAUUCUUUCUGCCUACAAUGGAGAUGUGGGCUUGAUUGCCAUGAAUGGAAACACGCCACUUCACUACGCUGCUGCUGGAGGUUUUACAGAAUGUUGCAAAUUUAUAGGUCAAAGAGGUUGUGAUCCUAUGUGGAGGAACCUUGAGAAGAAGACACCAAGACAGGUUGCAAAAGAUGCUGGUUUCAAAGGAGCAGUAAAGGAGAUCCGUAAAAUUGAGCGCCGCUUUGCCAAAUAUUCUAAACCCAAGCCAGGAGUGAGGAACCCCAACCCACCCUGGGCAGUUCGGCUGCAUGACUGGUCCGUAGAAAAUCAAGCAAGUCUUCGUGAAGCAUUUGAAGCAGCGGACCGAGGUGAUGGGACUGUAAGUAAAGAUGACUUUGUGUCCAUCAUUGAAGAGAGGUGUCCGUUUGUGAGUGUUGAGAAUAUAACAACGAUUGCUCAGGCUCAUGAGAAAACCCGUGCUGGAGGGAUUCAUCCUGAAGAAUUUUUUACCGGGAAGCGGUUCUUGCAGAAGGCCUUCCUCCUUUCAUCCUAUGGUCCCAAGAAGAAAAAGCCCAAAAAGGCAAAAGGCAAGAAAGGGAAAUUUGUUAUCCCCAUGCCAAUUUGUGUCAUCCCAGACAGCUCACGCCAACGUCGGCCAGAUGGCGGGCCACCAGAAUUCAUGAUUGAAACUUACCAGAAUGUCACUGAUAGCAUCCGGUUCAAUCGUGAUCACCCUCCUGAACAUCCCAUCCAAGAUGAUUCUUGGUGGUACAUUGAUAACCCAUUAAAGAACUUUUCCAGCAUCAACUACCUCACAAAAGAUGGAGACCUCUCAUCCCUGAAAAAAGCCUUCGAGUCAGGUGUGCCAGUGGAUGUGAGAGACCAUUUUUACAAAACUCCCUUGAUGGCUGCCUGUGCAAGUGGCAAUUUGGAGGCAGUGCAGUUCCUUCUUGAGAAAGGGGCAAACGUGAACGCAACAGAUAAUUUCAUGUGGACUCCUCUCCACCAUGCCUGCCAUGCUGGUCAGCAGGAUAUUGCUGAACUGCUUAUUAAAUCUGGAGCAACCAUAGAUAGUAUUUCAAUCAAUGAUGGAACCCCUUUAAUGAGGGGAAUUGAGAGUUGUCGGUUGGACACUGUGAAGUAUUUGGUCGACGCUGGUGCUAAAGUUCAGAUGCAAAACAGAAGAGGACAAAAUGCUCUGGAAAUUUCAAAGGCGUACGCUGACAAUCGACUGAUCCACUUCAUUCAAGACACAAUGGAUCGCUUGCCCAAACCACCAGAAGGCAAAGGGGAUAAGAAGAAGGGGAAAAAAGCCAAGCCGAAAGCACCAGCUCCAGCCGCUGCACCCACUCCUGCAUCUGCACCCACACCUACACCAGCUUCUCCCAAACCAAAGCCUACAUCAAAAGAAUCAGUGAAAGAAGAGAUUUCACAGUUACCUGAACCAGUCGCUGAGAAAUCUCUCUUCGAUGACAAAAAGGAAUCAAUCAGGGAUAAUGUCGUCCAUCUGAAUUCAUUGAUAACCAGAGGAGCUACGAAGAAGGUCAACAUCACUUUCACGCCACAGAGAAUUUGGAGUCCAGAGGCAACCACCAAAGAUCUUCUCAGAAAGAGAGAGUUACGUCGGCAACGUUUUACCUAUGAGGUGGACUUUGAGGACUUCAUGAUGCCGUUUAAGAGGAAUUUUAUGGAGAAAGUCCGAGCAUUGGACCAAUUAGCUGCCUUGCAUUAGUCACUAUGUAAUUUCUGCAUGGACUUUCACGAAGGACAAGAACCCAAGUCUCUGAAGAAAUGUCUUUGAGAAGCCAUAAUCAUGUUCACCUUAAUGGUGAUAAAAAAUUUCCUUCAUU